CUUCUCUCUCUCUCUCUCACACCGUAAACGUAAAGCAACGCCACCUCCCACCAGAACCCUACCAAGAACAUACAUUAAGCAAUUGGUAUUCAACGGUAUAUUAUGGUUGGGGCGGGGCGAGGGGCAGGGUGUUCCUUCCAAAUUCAUCUACUAAAUCAGAUCCAGAUCUGAGCUUCUUAAUUCUCUCUCUCUCUCUCUCUCUCUCUGCCUGAUAUCUAUUCCCUUACUCUCUGAAAUCGCUCGCUUCUCAGCACUGUUAGACAGUUCUACUGAAUUAUAAGCCCAUCUACACAGUAAUUGUGCGGUUUGUGAAGAAGAAAUGGCGAGGGGAGGAGGAGGGUGGCAUGUAAUGGUUUUGCUGCUGGUGUGCACCGCAAUUCGGGUGAGAUCGGAUGCAUCUGAUCACAAAUACAAGAUCGGAGAUGCGGUGCCGCUGUAUGCAAAUAAGGUCGGGCCGUUUCACAACCCUAGUGAAACAUACCGGUACUUUGAUCUCCCCUUCUGUUCCCCAGGUGAUGUGAAAGAUAAAAGUGAAGCUCUUGGCGAAGUGCUAAAUGGAGAUCGUUUGGUCAGUGCACCGUACAAGCUUGACUUCUUAGUUGAUAAAGAGUCUGAAGUCAUCUGCAAAAAGAAACUGUCAGUGAAAGAAGUUGCUGAGUUUAGAAGUGCUGUUGCAAAGGACUACUAUUUUCAAAUGUACUAUGAUGACUUGCCCAUAUGGGGUUUCCUGGGGAAGGUUGACAAGGAAGGCAAAACUGAUCCGAGCGAGUACAAAUAUUACCUAUUUAAGCAUCUCCAUUUUGAAAUAUUUUAUAACAAGGACCGUGUGAUUGAGAUCAAUGCACGCACUGACCCCAAUGCUCUGGUGGAUCUUACUGAGGAUAAGGAGGUUGAUGUUGACUUCAUGUACUCUGCCAAAUGGAAGGAGACUAACAUAGCAUUUGAGAAGAGGAUGGAGAAGUACUCUCAUUCUUCUUCACUUCCUCGCCACCUAGAGAUCCAUUGGUUUUCAAUUAUCAACUCAUGUGUGACUGUUCUCCUUCUUACUGGAUUUCUUGCUACAAUUUUGAUGAGAGUGCUCAAAAAUGAUUUUGUGAAAUAUGCCCAUGAUGAGGAGGCAGCAGAUGACCAGGAAGAAACUGGAUGGAAAUACAUUCAUGGUGAUGUUUUUAGGUUCCCGAAGCACAAGUCUUUGUUUGCUGCUGCCCUUGGAAGCGGCACACAGCUCUUUACCCUGGCGACUUUCAUAUUCUUACUCGCUCUUGUUGGUGUAUUUUAUCCAUACAACCGAGGAGCUCUUUUUACCGCACUGGUGGUGAUAUAUGCUCUUACAUCUGGCAUCGCAGGCUACACGGCAGCCUCUUUCUAUGGCCAGUUAGAGGGAACAAAUUGGGUCCGGAAUUUAUUGUUGACCGGUGGUUUGUUCUGUGGGCCACUUUUUCUUACCUUUUGCUUCCUUAACACUGUUGCCAUUGCUUACCAUGCUACUGCAGCUCUUCCAUUUGGUACCAUUGUGGUGAUAUUUCUAAUAUGGGCUCUCGUAACAUCACCAUUAUUAGUGUUGGGAGGAAUUGCAGGGAAAAACAGCAAGGCAGAGUUUCAAGCUCCUUGUCGUACCACAAAGUACCCUAGAGAGAUUCCACCUCUACCUUGGUACCGUGGAACCCUGCCUCAGAUGGCUAUGGCUGGCUUUUUGCCAUUUAGUGCCAUCUAUAUUGAACUUUACUACAUAUUUGCUAGUGUCUGGGGGCACAGGAUAUACACCAUUUACAGUAUUUUGUUCAUAGUCUUCAUUAUCCUCCUCAUCGUCACUGCAUUUAUUACUGUGGCGUUGACAUAUUUCCAACUUGCUGCUGAAGAUCAUGAAUGGUGGUGGAGAUCUUUCCUUUGUGGUGGAUCUACCGGCUUGUUUAUUUAUGGCUACUGCCUGUAUUACUACUAUGCACGGUCGGAUAUGUCGGGCUUCAUGCAGACGUCAUUUUUCUUUGGUUACAUGGCUUGUGUAUGCUAUGCUUUCUUCCUAAUGCUUGGGGCUGUAGGCUUCCGUGCUGCUCUGUUCUUUGUCCGUCACAUAUAUCGCUCGAUAAAGUGCGAGUGAAUCAUUACUCUUCUCUAACUUUGGCUGCAGUGCUUGAAGGAUGUACAAUUGAUGUUUACAGAAAUAUGUUGCGUAAGAGGAAGUUUGUAUCAUAUGGUCGAGAAGUGGCAGCACAAUUGGAUCAAUGAGGAUUGAUUAUGGCAGCAUUCUGAAUGAAAAUCUCCAGUAGUUUACUCUCAGAUGCAAUUUCUGAGCACAAAGUUUUAUCGUUCUGUGUAGGUUUUUUGCUAUUUUCUAUUAGUUUAUAAUUUUUGAAAAGAUUUUUGUAUCUCACAAUAUGGAAGAGGUGGAGUCAUAGCACUUUGAUGGCAUCUCUCAGUUAACAUCUCUUUCUUUACUUGCAUAUUCUCUUAGAUGCUAAAAAAUAAAAAGUUGAGAGGUGGGUUAGGCUAAUAAGGGUUGAAGGCAUAAUAUAUGUAGACUUUUAGAUUUAACGAUA